AUGUCUGAACUUAACGAACAUAACUGUGGCCCAGAAGGGCUACCUUUAUCUGUCAGACGGUAUACCUAUCGAAAAGAAGAAUUUUCCCAAAUUGUUGAUCUUGAGCGCGAGCGCUUUCACCGUUCAAUGCAUCCUAUUACUAUGUCCAAUGGAAUAUACAGUGAUGAAAAUUUAAAUGCUUCAGAGGAGCCUGAAGAUGUGCCUGAAUAUAUCAUUUUCUCCAUUGACACGGCUACGCACGAUCGUGACUUCCUAGAUCCGAAUAUCGAACCAAAUCGUUCUGUCCGCACCACAUUCUAUCAAAACAUUAAUUCACUAGCCGUCAAAAUGGUGCUUCACGAACACGAAGAGCUGUCUUCUGCUUUUGAUACAGCUAUUGGGCGAGCAUUGGGUCCAAUGGGGCUCGAAAGAUCAAUCUACCACUACCGCAGCACAACGAUUCCUCUGGCCAACGGCUCCAAGGAACCAGAUGGGGCAUGGGGUCCAAGAAGACCACCACUUGGAAGCCCGCGAAGACCAACCGUGGUAGUUGAAACAGCAAUCGUUGAGACGCACGCAAAAUUACUUCGUGAUGUUGACCGGUGGCUCGAUCCAAUCGAUGGUCUCGCGAAGGUCGUACUAGCCAUAAAGGCAGACCGACGGCAGCCUAAGAUUACCAUCCAAAGAUGGCAGUAUGAUAGUGCCAACGCAGAGAUCGAAAAUGUCCAAGCCAUCGAGAUAAUCGAAAGCAGUGAAGGUGACGAAGUCACUGUGAACGGUGGCCCACUCCUUAUCCCCUUCCAUCUUCUUUUCCUCAGACCUGCAGAACCUCCUAGGGAGGGUGAUAUACUCAUUGAUGAGCAGGAGCUCAAGGAGAUUGCCCAGUUAAUCUGGGAAAUUCAGUUCUCGGGUUGA